AUGGAAGUACCAAAUUUUGCUGAGCUCGGAAAAAACGCUAGGGACAUCUUUACAACCGGCUACCAUCAAGGCAAGGGUUUUAUCAAGUUCAAUGUCAAGACGAAAUCCAAGAGAUUUCACAUGAUGAGUGACACAAUUUUGAAUUUUGAGACGUCGAAGUUAAGCGGUUUAAUGGAAACCAAAUACAAGGCAGACGCAGGAGCUCUAUUGUUGAAAUGGACGACCGCGGGCGUGCUUCUUCUGGGAUACGAGUUUAAUGGACUGCUAAUGAAGGGCGUUGAUUUGCUCUCCGAGUGCGCUUACAAUCCGGAAACGACUGCGAAAAGCGUGAAGGUCGGCUCGAGAUUCGCCAGCGAGAGGCUCAACGCGCACUGCGAGAUCUCGAACGAUCUCAACUCAGGCACCAGCCUGCUCGGCUCGGUGGUGGUGAAGUGCAGGGAUCUCUUCUUGGGCUAUCAAGCCGGUUACGACACCGCCUUGAAGAAAAUGACGACGAACGACGUGGGUCUCGUUUACGGGUGCACCGACGUCGAUUUUCACUUUCGAUGCGCCUGCAUACCGCACGAGUACGGGCUCUCCGUAUCUUACAAAGUGAAGCCUGACUUGGAUGUCGCGGCAAACGGCAUAUACGCGACACAAGGCGACGUGCAAAAGUGGACCGUCGGUGCCGCGGCGAAGUGCAAAAUUGCCGAAAAGUCAAUUCUGCGAUUCAAGUUCAAUACCGAUCUCCAAUUAGCCACGAGUCUCAUGCAGAGGCUGUACGACGGGGUCACGUUAAUUCUUUCAUUCAACAUCGACUGCGCGAACAUCACCAGGGGUGAUCACCAGGUCGGAUUAGCGCUCAAUGUCGAGGCUUGAAGCUAAAAUUUCCGACAAAUUCCGCGCGAUGAGUUUUGUCCCGUCUGCGUAUUGUGCUAUGCAAAUAUCGUGCGUUUGUCGUUGAAAUUUAACACUCGUCGAUCUCGACUGGAAAACUCGAAAAAAAAAAGUAGUAACUAUUGUAUUUCUAUCUUACGUAAGAAUAUUGUACACAGAAAAUUGAAUGAAAAUUCAAGAA